AUGGCCACUGUCGCAGGCCGCAAAAAGUCCUUGGUCACCUCCCUCCCCCCCAGCAUCGACUCUCCCGUCGCCAACAAUACCCUCCUCAACAAGGCUGCCUCCCAAUCCACCUCCCUCUAUCAGCAAUGCUCCUCCCUACGCACUCGUCUAAUGCACCUCCAGGGCUUCUCGGACUGGUUCUCCAUCGCUGCCCUCCCAGAGGCCUCCCGUCGCUCCACUGACCCCGUCACCCAACUCUGGGACGUCUUCGCCCUCGGCGUCCCGCUCUGCUUCCUCUUCAAUCUCCUCCCCUCCGUCCCUCCCAUUGCCGUUGAAACCGACGUCCACUCCUUUGACCCCGCGAACGAGCGUGCCAAGAAGCAUGCCAUCGCGCUCUUUUCCAUCAACCUCAAGCAGGUCCAGAGUUGCGAGGGUUUCACUGUGAGGGACAUCUAUGACAGGAACUCCACCGACGGUUUCGUCAAGGUCGUCAACAACGUGAUCAACCUUGUCCAGCAACUUCCUGAGGAUCUGUUCCUUGAAACACCGCCUUCGUCACCCACGCUCGCGUCCGCACUAGCCUCGACCGAGUCUCUGCCCUCGGACAGCUCAGCGAUGGCGACCGUCGUUGAGCCCGGAGGCGCAAGGGCGAACAUCAUCAAGGAGCUUGUCGACACGGAGCGGAAGUAUGUGCAGGACCUGGAAGUCAUGCAGAAAUACUGCGACGAAGCCGUCCAGGUUCUCGAUAGGGACACGCUGCAUCUGCUGUUCCCAGGUCUGAACAAACUUCUCAACUUCCAACGCAAGUUCCUCAUCAAAGUCGAGAGCAUCGCCGAGCUGGCGUGGAACGACCAGCGGUGGGGUUUCCUCUUCUCGGACAACGAGGAUGACUUUGCCGUCUACGAGCCGUACUGCGCGAACUACACAAUGGCGUCGGAGAUCAUGCAGCAGGAGGAGCAUAAUCUGAUGGCGCUUAAUCACAUCAUCAACGUGAGAGGGGAGCUGCCUGCGUUCCUGAUCAAGCCCAUUCAGCGAGUCUGCAAGUACCCGCUCCUGCUCGAGUCUCUCCUCAAAGCCGUCGGCAAGUCCGAUUACCCGCACAUUCAGGAGCUCGGGGAGGGUGUUGCCGCCGCCAAACGCAUCACCGAUAAGAUCAACGAGGCCCAGCGUCGCGCAGAAAACGACGCAACAGUCAAGAACCUUGAAAGCCGUGUCGAGGACUGGAAGGGCCACCACAUCUCCAACUUCGGUGCUCUUCUCCUCGACGACAUCUUCAGUGUCACUAAAUCAGAGGUCGACCGCGAGUACCACGUCUUCCUCUUCGAGAAGAUCAUUCUCUGCUGCAAGGAGUAUGUCCCGCAGCCAGGGAACGGCAAGAAGGUCGGAAAGAGCAAUUCCAUCCUAAAGAAGCCGUCCUCCCCGUCUACCCCCAUUGGCCUUCCGGGCGCGGGCUCAUCUAAGAAGAAAAGCACGCCUCUUCUCCUCAAGGGCCGCAUCUUCUUGAACAAUGUCACGCAAGCCGUCCCCAAGACCAACGCUGGUCAAUACUCUCUCGCUGUCUACUGGCGUGGGGACGACGACCUCGAGUUCUUCACUCUCCGUUGCCGCAACGAGGAGCAACUGAAGAAGUGGGAAUCUCAGUUGAACCGCCUCAUUCAGGAGACUGCGAACCGCCGGACAUCAGACCGCAACCUCGCCCGUCUCGCACAGGCCAUGAACGCUCCCUCCCCUCAGAUCCGGUCCGCACACUCUUCGUUCACACAGGAGCGCGCUUCGAUGUUCUCGAAUGCCUCGAGUUACGCAGCAAUGCCACAGACUGCCUCUCUCAACGGUCGCAUGCGCCAUCCCUAUGCCAGCGAGGAGGCUGUGCCUUCGUCGUCCGCUUCGCAUCCAUACGGCAACGGCUACGCGCACGGCCCACAAGGCUAUCCACCGCACGAGGGCUUCGAUGUCGACCCAGACGACGACUACGAGGACUACCCUCCGGCCAGCGCCAGCUCCCCAUCAGGUCGCGGCACGCCCAUGGGCAAUCCAAGGCGUCCAGACUACCCGUAUCCCCAGAGCGCACGUCACAGUGGACACGCAAUGUCACCGGUCAUGCCAAAUGGCAUUAGUGGCCUCCAAGGACCUGCGUCAGCUCGUCCGGUGAUGUCGCGGAACACGCAAAGCUAUGCAUCCGAGGCCAGCUUGAACCAGUCCUCUCGGCCGGGACUCCGGAGCCAGUUCAGCUCAACGCGGUUGCGCGCCGCCUACGACCAGCCGGACUCGCGUGGCGCGAGUCCGAUGCCCCCACCGAUGCAUCAGCCGAUGCGCUCGCGGAGCGUCAGCCAACCCCAAGCCUACAACCCCCCACCACAAUCGAUCCCGCCGCCGCUCCCGACAUCGAACCGCGGCGAAUGGGCCCAGGGCUCGAUGUCAACCAGCAAGCGCGGGAGCGGCUCCAGUCAGUCGACGGACUCAGCAGACUACUCGCCACACACAAGCAGCUCGCCGAUCACACCAUACGGCUCGAGCGAGUCAUCGCUCGCGGGCAUGUCCAAUAGCCGCGGGAUGCACUCGGGCAUUGCGCCACCUCCGCUCAAGGAAGAGCUCCGCCUGUCGCCGCCGGUCAAGAUCAAGGUGCACUUCCACGAAGACAUCUUCGUCAUCCAAGUUCCUCGUGCGACCGAAUACGCCGAGCUCGUCGACAAGGUCGGAAAGAAGAUCCGCUUGUGCGGUCCCCGGCGAGACGACGGCCCGCUCCGCGUCAAGUACAAGGACGAGGACGGUGACCUGGUCUCCUUGGGGUCGACGGAGGAUGUCCAAAUGGCAUUCGAGUCGUUCCGACCUGGCAACCAGGUCACCCUCUACGUGCAAUGA